UCGAGUUCUCUGGUUCGAUUCCAGUGAGCACCAGGCCACAAGAGCAGCCAUUUGGCUGCUUUGGCGGUGCGUCAUUUCCAUUCAGCGAAUGAGUGAGAGGGAGCCGCAAAGAGAAGGAGAAGAAAUAGCUGGAUCUUAGGGUAAGCAGGUAGCAUUCUAGUCUCGAACCAAUGGAUCGGCCGAUCGAUCAACGCCAGCAGAAGCAGGGCAGUGAGGCCCUAAUUCUCGUGGAGAAAAGGAGCGGGAUCGCCACGAUCACGCUCAAUCGGCCCAAGGCGCUCAACGCCCUCACCAAGCCAAUGCUGACGAGCCUGGCCGGGAUCUUCAAGCAGCUGGAUAGCGAUCCAGAGGUCAAAGUGAUUAUAAUCACGGGGUCCGGGAGGGCAUUCUGCUCUGGGGUGGAUUUAACAGCUGCACAGGAAGUUUUUAAAGGUGAUGUCAAAGACAAGUCAGCUGAUCCCGUUGCACAGAUGGAGCGAUGCAAGAAACCGAUCAUUGGCGCCAUCAAUGGGCUGGCUAUAACUGCAGGCUUUGAGCUAUCACUCGCAUGUGAUAUCCUCUUUGCGAGCAGCAAUGCCAAAUUCAUCGACACACACAGCAAGUUUGGAAUCUUUCCAUCUUGGGGGCUCUCGCAAAAGCUGGCCCGUCUAAUUGGUGUCAACCGAGCCCGUGAGGUGUCACUCACGGCUUUGCCAUUGGAGGCCUCAACCGCCGAGCGUUGGGGGCUUGUCAACCGGGUGGUUUCUCCAUCUGAGCUUAUGGAGACGGCACGAGCUGUGGCAGAAGCGAUUGCCAGGAAUGAUGAGAAAAUGGUGCUCCUUUACAAGGCGAUGAUAAAUGACGGGGUCAACCUCGCUCUGGGAAAUGCGCUUGAGCUUGAAAAGGAGAGAGCUCAUGACUACUACUCCAAAAUGAAGCCAGAUCACUUCCAGGCCAUGCAGAAAUACAUCACGGGCCGAUCAUCGUCGAGGCAAUCGAAGCUCUAGAAAUCAAAAGAAUUGUGCGUACAUUUGAUCUUGCGGAGAUCUUUUAUAAGGGAAGGAAACGCAAUGGAGUUAACACUCACUAUAUGUCUCUUUGAGGACCAUGAGUGAUAACCCAAAGCCCGCAGUUAUAGUUGAUAAUUAUAAUUUAUGUUUAUAGCUGUUAAAAAAAUUGCUACGCGUUGCAUGUAGCAACGCUUGGUUUGCUUAA